AUGGCGUGUCCGUUCUUCAGACUGCACAGUUCUGAAUGUGUCUUUGGGACCAUUUCUGUCUUGGUUUCAGAUGCAGCUUUUCUUCGUAUCACUCCCAGCAGACUGCAACACUUUCAAUUUGACCCUGUGUCUUUUGACUGUGUCGGGUCUGAUGCCUCAACUAAACUGAGAGUCAAAAAAAAUGAAAAGAAAUGUGAUCCUGAAUGUGACAUUAAGACAUACGCAGGGUCCUCCAACACCAUUAAGAGAAUCUAUCCAGCAGACAGUGGAGAGUACUGGUGUGAGACUGGAGGAGAGAGAAGCAACAGUUUCAACAUCACUGUUGCUGGUGAAUUCUUGAUCCUGGAGAUUCCGGUCCUUCCUGUGAACGAAGGACUCAAUGUGACUCUGAGCUGCAGGACGAAGGCGACUUCGUCCAACCUCCGAUCUGAUUUCUACAAAGAUGGCCUCCUCUUCAUCAGCAGCUCUACAGGAAACACAACCAUCUACAGUGUUUCUAAAUCUGAUGAAGGACUCUACAAGUGCAGCAUCAGUGGAGUUGGAGAGUCAGCAGAGAGCUGGCUGGCUGUCAGAGGUGAACCCUUGAUCCUGGAGAGUCCGAUACUGCCUGUGAAAGAAGGAAUCAAUGUGACUCUGAGCUGCAGGAAGAAGUCGACUUCCUCCAACCUCCCAGCUGAUUUCUACAAAGAUGGCCUCCUCUUCAUCAGCAGCUCUACAGGAGAGUUCACCAUCUGGGGUGUUUCUAAAUCUGAUGAAGGACUCUACAAGUGCAGCAUCUCUGAUGGUGGAGAGUCAGCAGAGAGCUGGCUGGCUGUCAGAGCUCUUCACAGAGAGACUUGUCCCUCCUGGGAUCACUCCAUUUAUCUCCUCCUCCUCUUGAGGACGGUGUUCACCAUAGUGAUGGUGGCUCUGCUGCUGCUGCUGGUGGGACUGCUUCACUGUGGGAAACUCACAGUUACACAGAAAUGUACUCAUGCAAACAGGUGA